CGUGAACGUUUUGAUAAGUGCGGUGAAAGUGCAGAGGCUGAGGCAGAGCGGCUGGAGCGGUGGAAUAGAUUCAUAGGUGACGAUCCUGACGUUGACGAUGAAGAAGAAAGCGAAAAGUCCGACGUUGAUGAUGUGCAGGCGGUUGAUACGGAUGAAGAGCUGGAGGCAAGAUGUGGAGGUGAUUCGGGCGCAGAAACUGAGUGA